AUGGCAACUCGACCACAGAACAUCGGCAUCAAGGCCAUCGAGAUCUACUUCCCCUCCCAGUGCGUCGAUCAAGCUGAACUCGAGAAGUUCGAUGGCGUUGCCUCAGGAAAAUACACCAUCGGCCUCGGUCAGACCAAGAUGUCCUUCUGCGACGACCGGGAAGACAUCUACUCACUCGCCCUGACGACGCUCUCAUCCUUGAUCAAGAAAUACAACAUCGACCUCAAGAACAUCGGUCGCCUCGAGGUUGGCACAGAGACUAUGCUGGACAAGAGCAAGAGCGUGAACGAGUACCCUUAUGUCGACGGCCAAUUUUCAUUGCAAUGCUACACCAAGGCCGUGGACAAGUGCUAUGCGGCCUACAACGCCCGCGAACAGACCUUGAAGGCUCGAUUGAAUGGCCACGCAAAUGGCAAUGGCCACAAGGAAGAAUCCCAGGACACGCCCAUUGAUCGAUUCGAUUAUCUCGCAUUUCACGCACCUACCUGCAAACUGGUAUCGAAAUCGUACGCCCGUAUGCUCUACAACGACUUCCUCAGCAAUCCUUCCGACCCUGCGUUUGCCGAGGUUGCUCAGGCGCUCCGUGAUAUCGACUACAAGGCCUCGUUGACCGACAAGAACGUUGAAAAGACUUUCAUGGCCCUGACCAAGAAGCGCUUCCAAGCGCGCGUCCAGCCCUCUAUCCAGGUUGCCACACAAUGCGGUAACAUGUAUUGCGGCAGCGUCUACGGCGGUCUUGUCAGUCUGAUCAGCAACAUCGCACCCAAGCAAUUCGAGGGCAAGAGAGUCGGAGUCUUCAGCUAUGGCAGCGGUCUGGCCAGUGCUCUCUUCAGUCUCAAGAUUGUUGGCGACACUAGUGAAAUGGCCGAGAAGUUGGACCUUCAGAAGCGCUUGGAUGGGCGCAAGGUGGUUGCGCCGGAGGUCUACGAUGAGAUGUGCCUACUCCGCGAAAAAGCUCAUUUGCAGAAGGAUUUCAAGCCCGCAGGAGGGCUCGAAGACAUCCGACCUGGCACCUACUACCUGACCGAGGUUGAUGGCAUGUUCCGUCGACAAUACGAGAUUAAGGCAUAA